AUGGCAAGCUCUCAGCUGUGGGGCCUCCUCGCGCUGCUCCACUGCGUCGGCGUCACCGUCUUCGUCCCCGUCUUGGUGCCCAGAGUGUCUGGAGAGAGGAGCAGGGCAAAUACGAGGGCCUACCCCCACAAUGCUCGUCAGCUGCCUACUUUCAUCUUCAGGUCAGGCGGCGUGAAGCAGCUGACACCGACGAAAAACAUAUCGUCGCUUUUGGAUAAUCUGCUGAAAGGAUAUGACCACAAACUCCGACCUUCCUUUGGGGGAGAGCCAACGACGGUAGAGAUCGACAUCGAGGUCCGGAGCAUGAGUCGGAUCUCUGAAAUGGACAUGACCUACUCGAUGGACUGCUACUUCCGCCAGUCGUGGGUGGACGAGCGCCUGGCCUUCUCUGACCUUGAGGAGGCCUUCACCCUGUCCGUGUCCGUGCUGGAGAAGCUGUGGAAACCCGACACGUUCAUUUACAACGGCAAACAGAGCUACGUUCACCUCAUCACCACGCCAAACAAGUUCAUAAGGCUCUACCAGAACGGAAGGAUUCUCUACUCGUCCAGGCUGACCAUCAACGCUAACUGCCCCAUGAACUUGCGUGACUUCCCGAUGGACACACAACACUGUCCUCUUAAGCUCGGCUCAUUCUCUUACACGACCCGCGAUGUGGUGUACAGGUGGAACAAAGACAGGCAGGUGGUCAUCGCUCCUGACCUCAUGCUCUCCCAGUUUGACCUCAUAGCUGCUCCUUCAGGGGAUGAAAAUACAACACGACGUGCAGGGGAAUUCUCCACCCUGCUGGCGAGCUUCUACCUGCAGCGCCACAUGGGGAACUUCCUGAUCCAGGUGUACGGCCCGUGUAUGCUGCUGGUCGUCCUGUCGUGGGUGUCCUUCUGGCUAAACAGGGAAGCCACCUCCGACCGCAUCUCUCUCGGCAUCACGACUGUGCUGACGAUGACCUUCCUGGGACUAGAGGCACGGACUGACCUUCCUAAGGUCUCUUACAUAACAGCUCUUGACCUCUUCGUUUGGAUUUCGUACGGCUUUAUCUUCGCCACAAUAAUAGAGUUCGCCUUCGUCCACGUCUUCACGAAAGUGGGGUCCGGCGAGGUCUACCUGUCGCACUCGAGCUCCGAGGCCGACUCCGAGGAGGACCCUGACGAGGAACUUGACCCUGAGGCUCCCCACCACCGCCGCCAGUCGCGUCUGCCAAGGUCCCGCGAGAGGGCGCCCAGACGUCCAACCUCUUCUAAACUCGACCAGAUUAACUCCGUCUCCAACAUCGACGAAAUCUCGCGAGUGCUCUUCCCGUUCGCUUUCGUGUGCAUCAACCUCCUCUAUUGGUACACGUUCCUCUCCCACACGGAGUGGUCGCAGAAUCGAUUCUGA